UGGAGAGACUGCGCAGAGAUCUGCGAUAUUUACAAACAGUCGUUCACCUGCAGUUGUCGUUCAAUAACUAUAUCUUCAAUCAAAAACACCGGAAAAACCAUGAUUAUGUAUUUAAAAUGUAGAAUGAGUCUCUAAAGUGUUGAUAAAAGAUGGAUUUGAGGGUUGACAGCUCGAAUUUUUACGGUCUCGUAACAGAUUUGUGUACUGGCAUCCUAGGAGAUGCCCUACGAGACAAUUAUGGCAAUAAACGGGAGAAAAUCCUAAAGAAAAUGCGGACGAGGGCCUUCGAAGUGCUCCUGAGUAGCCAGUCGUGUGCCAGGAAUAAUAAUGAUAACCAACAAAGUGAGGUUGUUGAUCCUUCCGCGGAGCUCUUGAAGCAUGCCUUCGUUUUAAAGUGCACCUUUGGACAUGCUUCGAGGGCUGCCAAGCUAGAUGAGGCUCUUACUGAUCUUGAUUAUCUGCUGAAGACUUCAGGCGAGAUCAGAGGCUCACUUGAUACAGUAUUACAAUUUCUUAAUUGCAUGAAGACUUAUGGUACUGCUGAGAGGAAUGACUUGAAUAUUUUUUACUUUGGGGAGCAGAACCCCAUUCUUCCUGAGCCGCGCCCCGUCAGAAGCACCCCGGAGUACCAGACAUAUCCCUCAUCAGCUUUUCAUCUCCCAUACAACAUAUCCACUCCUUCGAAUCCCCUCCUGACCUUUUCGGACCUCCCCAUAGGCCCCCCCUUCAGUUUGCCCCCAGGUCAACAGGACCUCUCCGCGCAGAACUUUUCAAAGCUCUCCAAUCUCACCCCCACCACUCCCCUCUUCGUAACCAGCAACUGUUACCUAGUCCAGGAAGACCCCUCUGAGCACCCCUUUUGGGAUCACAUCCCUUCUCCCUCACCGCCACCCACCCCAAUCUACACUGCCGAUCCGUCAGUCCUAUUGGACAUCCCCUGGAACUUAUCCUACCCCCCAGAACCUUCCCAAUCCCGAUCCUGGGAGAACUUGGGUAAUCCAAAUCCACCUCCCCCAACCACGUUUAUCCUGGAGUCUGAGGAAGCUCUGCACCACCUCCAGAACUUCCGACAAUGGUCGUUCUACCCAGACACCUCUGAAGAGCUUCCCAAAACUCCAGACAUCAACCUCACACCAAAAGAAUUUUUGGAGACGGUAAAACUAGUCCUCUUGGGAAUCGAAUCUGACGUCUUCCUUUGGAAUAACAAGCUCGGAUUCAUCUUCAAAUCCAGUACAAAAGUUGCCCUCAUCAGCAACGAAUCCCUGAAGGAUAUUACUACUGAAAUCACCCAUUGGGGUACGUGCUUUAAGCUCCUGAGCCACCUUAUUCGCCCCGGACCAGGCUCAAACGGAAAACUUCGAGAGGACGGCCUGAUCUUUAAAGCGAUGUGCACAAACAUCGACGAGAUUUUGAUUCACUACCAAGCAGUUAUCCUCCAGGUCUUCGGGGACGAUUUCCCCCAGCUGUUGUCUCUCCUCCACCAGUUGGGGCCCGUCGGCUGUCUCAUUUCCGAGGUUGCCAGACUCUGCAGGUGUGACAACGUCAGAAGAACGAUCAUCGGUGAAGGAAUAGGUCUCCUCUCUCACAUCUAUAAUCAAGUUACCAAGAUAACAAAGCCCAAUAUUGCUCUGGUUUAUUACUCUGUUCUGAAAUCUUGCUGCGAAGUUUACUUUGAAUACUUAGAGAAGUGGAUUUUUGAGGGGAGGUGCGACGAGACUCAUGGAGAAUUCAUGAUCAACAUCAGAAUUCAACAUCUCAGGACGAGAGGCCACAAAUUCUGGUCCAAGUGCUAUGGGAUUAACAAAGAGUCAGUGCCAGGAUUCCUUAAGGACCUGACUGAUUCGAUCCUCCAGUGUGGAAAAGCUGUGAGACUCCUGAAAAUUUGUGAUCCUAAGAAUCCCAUGUGCAAUCUUUUCGCCAAUUAUCAUCCCCUGGUGAAAGUCUGUUUAAACGUCAAUAUGCUGUAUGAACAGGAGGAGAUCUGUCAGGAGUACAUGAGUAGAGGUAUCGAGAUCCUUGGGAAUGUCACCUUGAGUACUUCGUUGCAGCAGAUGAGGGUGCUGGAGAAAAAUAAAGCUGAGGUAGUGAUGGCGGCCCAGGCAAGUACCCUUCAACGAAUCAAGCGAAAUCAAGAGGAGGCAAGAUUAUUGAUAGCUAAGAAUAAAAGAGAACUCCUCGCUAAUCUAAAGAACCAAGCCCAGGAGGCGGUCUCGAGGAAGGAGAAGGCUCGAGAGGCAAAGAUACUAGAGGAGAGACUGGAGAUGGAAAAGCAUGCAGCUGAGGAAGAGGAAGAGAAGAAGAUUGUGCGGGCUGAGGCAAAAGUAACAGCUGAUUACUACAAGGAACUUGCUGAGGAGGCAAAAAAGAGGAAGCUAAGGGCUUCGUGGAGGACCAAGAGGAUGGCAUUGUUCGAGAAAAGGGUAGAAAUGAUCGUUGCCAUGAAACAUGAAGAAUUAUCAGUUGCCAUUGAUGAUUGCGCUCCCAGAGGCGGAAUGGAUAAUGAUCCCGAGGAAAUGGAGAAUCUUGCAGAUGUACGGGAAAGAAAAGAUGAAAAUAGCAAUUCCAGUGAUUCAACGAGUCAGAGGACAAUUUCCACGAGUCUGGAGGCGUCUGCACGAACACCGAGACCUACAGAUCUGUCUCUUAGGGAGAAAACCUCUAGUAGUGAUUCCAAAUCAACGACUAUGGAGUUGGAGUCGAUGAGCACUGAAGCCAUUCUGGAGGAGAUCUCUGAGAAGACUCAACUGUUGACAGGCACAAGGACAUGUGGAGUCUCUAGGAAUAAUUUUGGAGAUACUCUGGGAGGAACUCGUGAGAAUAACUUCGUGAUUCUUGAUGAAGAGGGGAAUGAGAGGACAAUCGGAAUGACCGCAGUCAAUAUGAACAUCAAUCUUGGAGAUAUUAAAGAAGACACUCCACAGGAUAAAAUAAAUACUUUUGAUGACAAUGAAAAUCGAAAGGAAAUUAUUGAUAAUCAAUUACAAACUUUUGGUCCUAAUGACCUGAAUGAUGCUACUCCUAUGUCCUGCACCACUGACAGUUACCACCAGUCAGUGAGUUCUUCAUUAUUCUACAAUUGUUUGGAAGUUGGAUCUCUCGCAGGAUCGAAAAACGAUUUCGAAACGCCUUUGAGCCCUGAAGGGCCUUUACCAAAAUCUGAUAAUCAGAAUCUCCCAGAGAGUCAGUCGUUCUUCAGUGGUUUUGGGGCUGACAAUGGCCUUGCGAAUUUUGAGUCUUCUCUGACGAUGGCUGAUGUCGAAUUAAUCGACAACACAUCAUUGCAAAUUUACCUCGAAAAAUCGGUGAUGAUUCCCUUGAUGGUACAGAGUAAAUUAGCAAAUUCAGCAGUUAUCAAGUGUCUCAUCGAGGAGCAUAAGAUUCUGUCGCAUCUCCAGAGUCUCAGAAGCUUUUUCUUUCUGCUGAAUGGGGAAUUCGCCAGAAAUCUUACGUCUGCUGUCUUCACUAAGUUCUACGAGAUUAGUUUGCCCAUUGAAUUGUUUAAUUCAGCCACCCUCACGAAUUUAUUGGAGAAUGCUUUGCACUGUUCCCUGAAUUAUUCAUAUGAGAAUGCUGAGCUACUGAGUUUGUCUGCUAUCGACACACCCAACCUUUUGACUGUGUCAGAUCCAGAAGCACUCGAUUGCUUGUGUCUCAAUUAUAAAGUCUCAUGGCCGCUUAAUAUUAUUCUCGACGAGAUGCUGAUGCAGCAGUACAGCAAAGUCUUCAAGUUCUUGCUAAUGGUGGGGAGAGUUCUCUGGGUACUUCAGGAGGAUUUCUGCAUCUUGAAAGUGGAAAGACAAGCGGCCUUGUCACCACAAUACCACCGGCUCCAGCUCUUUCGACACGCCAUGAUGCAGUUUAUGAUUGCAUUCAGUAAUUACCUCACCUGUAGUGUUCUUCAUACGAGCUGGACGGAGUUUGAAAAGGAGCUAGAGAAUGCCACUACCCUGGACGAGAUCUACUCAACUCACGUCAGUUAUAUCAAGAAGAUCCUGUCCAGGUGCAUGUUGACGUCUAAGGCUGAGAAGCUUCGUCAGUGCCUCUGCAACAUAUUUAAGAUUAUUCUCAAAUUUCAUAAUUGUCUGAGAUCUCACGAGUGGCACAAGGGAGCCGAUGCCGAUGAUUAUACCAUUUCGAAUUAUGCAAAAUUAGAGCAAAUGUACGAAGCUUUUUGCGACCUGAGAACAUAUCCUGCUCAUGUUGUUGAAAAAUUAGCUAGCAGUGGGUAUCAAAGCCAUCUGACACAUUUUUUAGACUCACUCAAUAUUAACCCAUUGUACAAUUUAUCAACGAAAGGAGUCUAAUUGAUGCAUUUUUGUUUUUGUGAUUUUUUGCUAUUAAUUCGAAUGAUCUUUCUGAUCCUUUUGAAUGCCGGUUUCUAAAACAGCGAAUCUGUUGGCAUUGGAUUCACAGCUGACUAAUUUCCUUAAAAUUAUUUCACAAAAAAAUAUAUUGGAAAGAAAUCAUAUUUUAAAACUUAUACUUUUAUGAAACUUGUACGAUUUUCAUCACUUUGGCUUAUUUGAGAACGUUUGUACGAUUCAAACAGAUUUAUAUUAUUCACUCUUAAGUUCGCAUUCAUUUGGGUAAAUUAUUUAAUCCAAGUUAUCUUAGCAAAAUUAUUUAGUCGCCAUAACAUUACAAUAGCAUUACAAUAGUAAAUUCUUGUAGCUUCUCUGGAUACUUCAAGGAGAUAUUCAAUAUAAAUUCACCACUUCAUUUGCCAACAAAAAGAAUAUAAAUGUAUCAUUUAAGUGAAAAACACAAAUCAAUGUCUGUGCUUCAUGUUGUUACAUUCAUCGGGAUGUCGUACUGCUGGUCCAUGCCAAUGUAAGUAUCCGACAUCACGUAGAAUGUGAACUGUGUUCUCCCUGGAAUGAGUAUAUUCACACUGUGAUUAUCCUUUUUGGUUGAUAAAAAAAAUGUAAAUAAAAUAAUGGAACGAUUUCUGAUUA